GCUAGCUAGACUCACGCUGAUUAUGGCUCGAUAUAAUACCAACCCUACGUCACCAACCAGCAGUCGCCCUUCUUUUUGCCAAGCUUUUGUUUUUCACUUCACUGCUUCCUCCAAACUUCCUCCUCAUUCUAACUCCCCUGUCAGCAAUGUUCCUGUUCAGACAAGCGGCUGUUGACAAGGACAGCAACGACAAUUCAACGCUCCUGUGCGUUAAAUUCAAGACGACGGACAAGUCCGUCUACAGCAAGGCACUUGCUGAGUACAUUUCCUCGUCAUACGCAGAACCGCCAGAGGCGUACCGCGACGACCUGCGGGUUUUGGACGAGCUGCGUGAGGCAGCAGCAGCAACAUUUGACGUGAAUUCCAACGUGCUCAAGCGCAAUAUCAGGUACUACGGACAGUUGUCGUUUAUCUUGACAAAGUUUCCGGCCGACGCCAACAUCAACUUUAUGUGGAGCAGCGCAUUUGACCCUGAGUCAGGAGCAUCCGGCAAGGACCUGUACUUUGAGCGGGCCUCGGUCCUGUUCAACAUCGGUGCGUUCUACUCUCAGCUCGGCUGCCGCGAGAGCCGCAACGACAAGGACAGCCUGACCCGUGCCUUUGGCCACUUCCAGAACGCAGCAGGCGUCUUCAAUCUCCUGCGCUCCAAGAUUGUCAGCGAGUGCCGUACACAGCUGACCACCGACCUGUCCUCGUACAUGCUGACCACGCUCGAAAAUCUGAUGCUCUGCCAGGCGCAAGAGUGCGUGUGGCAGCGCUCGGUCCUGACGCACAUGAAGGAUGCAAAUGUUGCGAGGAUUGCCAUGCAGGUAGUCGAGUUUUACGAUGCGGCGAUUGAGAGUGGGUCGCAGGGGUCGCUAACAAGCACGAUUCCGGCGAGCUGGGUGGAUCACUUCAAGAUCAAGAGGCUGUUCUUCCUUGCGGAAGCACAAACGAAGAAGGCCAACGAGUGUCUAGCUGGCGCGCAUUACGGAGAGGAGGUCGCUAGGCUGCAGGCAGCGCAGGAACUGUGCAAUCAGGCGCAAGAGCUCGUGAACUACGACCAGCGGUGGGCGAAGCACAUUCGGCCGGUGAUCGUCGAUGCGCUCAAGGCACAGCAGGAGUUUGUUAGUACCAGCAGGACACGGGCAGAGCGGGAUAACGAUGUUAUUUACCUCGAUCCGGUUCCGGCUGUCACUUCGCUGGCGCCUGUCACGCCGUACAAACUGGCAAUGCCAAAGUGCCCCGAGAUCAUCGAGAACCCAGGAGCGUUCCUGGGAGAGGAGGAGCUGGGCACGCCGCUGUUCAAGGGCCUGGUGCCAUUUGUGAUCCACCAGGCUGCGAGUCUGUACGAGGACCGCAAGGACCAGCUGAUUUCCAAGGACAUUGUGGCAGUCCUGGAUGAGCUUACGGCGGACUGCGAGUCAGUAUUGGCAUCACUCAACCUGCCCAAUGCGCUGGAGGCGAUUCAGAAGCCGAUCGGUUUGCCACCAAGCGUUCUGGUGGGCGCCGACGAGAUACGGUCGGACGGUGGAUAUAUCGGACUCAAGCGCCUGCUGGACAAUGCGUUAAAGUCGAACCAGUCAGCUACGGCGCUGGUUGAUGCAUCCGAAAAGGCACUGGACGACGAGAUGCGUGAGGAUGCACAAGUGCGACUCGGUGCAGCUCCAGGCUCUGAGCGUGCCAAACGUGUGGAGUCAACGGAGCUGACGAAUACGUUCCGCAGCGAGAUCCAAAAGUACCGCGGGAUCGUGGAGAAGGCACGCGAGAGCGACGCAGCUCUGCAGUCGCAGGUGGAGGCGUGGAGCAAGUUCUUUAUGCUGCUGAGUUCGUCGCGCGACGAGAUCGAACGGCAAGUGCCGUCUACCACAGCAAACCCGCUGACGGACCCGCACCAUAGCCAGAUCAUUGCGCGCCUGCAGCAGUACAUGGGCGAGGUAUCGAUUAUGCGGCGCGAGCGGCUCAAGUCCAUUGAGAAGCUGAAGCGUCUUGCCAGCGAGGACGAUGUGGCACCAGUCCUCAAUGAGGAGAUGCAGAGGUUGGCAGCACAGUCAUCGACACCGAUCCUCAAAUUCGAGCUCCACCAGUUCGAGGACCUGUUUGCGGAGCGGCUCGACAAGUACACCUCCUGGAAAGUGUAUAUCGAGGAGGAGCGUGAAGCACAGAGCGAGCUUCUGGAUAGCAUUCGCGAGGCGAACCAGGCGUUUAUUGCGGCACGGUCGACGCAUCCGCUGUUGCAGCAGCGCGAGAAGGCGCUGGUGAACUUGGAGACUGCGAUCAAGAGAUACCGGGAGGCGUCGUUCAAUCUGCACGACGGAGCACGGUUCUAUGCGUCGCUCGAGGCCGAUUUGAACAAACUGAAGGAAGGGUGCCUGGACUUUGCCAUGGCCAGGCAUAUCGACGCGCAGGACCUGAUGGGGAUCAGCCAGUCGGAUAUGCCAUCGGAUAUAUCCCAGGCACCGUACGAUGCGAGCACCGCGCCUAGCGCGCCUAGUGCGCCGCCCAACAGCAGCCAGGGCGGGACAUGGGACCCGACCAUGCCGCUAAGAUAUGCGCCAUCGAAAUGAGUAGGGUAGUAUUUUAUGUGCUUAAAGGAAAACGAUAAAUACACUAUGCAGCAGCGACCUUUUG